AAGCCGCCCCCAACCGCAAGGUAUAUUUAACUGCUGCCGCGCCGCCAUCGCGUCAUGGUGGAUCAUCGAGGCCGCAUCCGUGCACGUCAAAUUAGCAUCGUGAACACUAGAUGCAGACUGCACUCCCCCCUGUAUCGAAACACCCGAUCGACGAUAUCAACCUCGUCACGGUCGUCGGUCGAAGAGUACGAAGAGUCUCGCCUUGUGCGCUCCCCUUCCCGCUCCCCAACACGCGUGGUUCAGCGUCAAGUGUUCUUUGGCGACGACUAUGCUGACACAGACUCGGACUAUCCAAUGAAGGAGGUCGAUUUCCACGCAACAGUGGUGAAGCCCAACACAUUGACUGACUUUGUUCGAACAACAACGACGACGACGACGAAAACUGUUGUGUGCGAAGAACAAAUGCACCUGGAAUCUGAAGUUGAAACGAACACCUCGUCCGUGGCCAUGGACAAUGCUUGGGAAGUGUCGACUGCCGACAUGAAGCGACGUUCUACAGCCGACUCGGCGCCUUGCUCAGAAUUCUCGGCAUCCCCUUGCGAACGCAAGAAAUCACGCUAUCAUGCCCAGUACGCCCGUCCCACCUUUUCAUCUGCGUUGGCCCAAUCAACGGGCAUGUCGGACGCAUUAGCCCGCAUGAAGUUGCGCAAACAAGAAGUCGAAAUGGCCAACGUUGUCGACAAGGUUCAAAAACAAAUGAUGGCGAUGGAGAGUGUGCUGAAAGAACUUCAACUGGAGCACCGUGUCAAGUGCGAGUUGCUCGAACGCCAGAUCGAGAUGACCAACCGUGUCGAGCAGGAAAAGACUGCCUUGCAGCAUGAACUGGACGUCGUUACACGCCAACUGAUGGCGCUUCAAAGCCGCAAGGAAGGCGAAACAACCCAAAACGUCAACUACCUGUCUGUUGCCAUGACUGCUUUUAUGAACCAGUCGGAGCAAGCGCAAAAUUUGAUGUUGAACCAACUAAAGGCAUUGAACCUACCGCAACUCGCAACUGAGACGAAGGAAAGCAAGUCGGACGUACUGCAUCUGUUGACCAAAUAUCAUGAAGAUGUGUUGUCGGCGUUGAAAUCGACUGCCUCUACCGCGCAUAUUCCUGAGGUCCCAACGCCUGUUCGUCGCAGCAUGACAUUGGCGACUGAAGCCCCAAUGCCGAAAGCUCUGCCGCUGGCCAAGACAAAGGAAGCUUCCAACUCUUCUGGUUUUACUUCACAACGCAUGAUUGGCGCCCUGAUCUUCUGUCUCGGUGUGGGUGGUGGUUUGUUGGUCCCUUCAUCUAGUGGAACCUCCCCUGCCCCAGUCGUCCAAGCACCUCUGGAUGUCGAUGUAAUUGUGGAAAAGCUCAAGCAAGUAUACGUCCCAUCGGUUGCUCCGUCAACGGAAACCAAGUGGGCCGAAGUUGUUGCUUCGGUCGACGACGUGGUGGAAGCGCCCAACUUGGUCGAACCAGUUGUGGAUGAGGCCAACUUGCUAUUGGAACAGAUUGAAGAGGAGUCAAAGCCUGCGUUUGUAAAGGACGUAGCUGACGUGCCCCUCAAGGAAGCUGUUGCCUCUGUUGCAACAUCUGUGGCCGUGACACCUGAUGUCAGCACUAAAAUCGCGCUCAUUAUGAAGCUGAAAAACCUGAAGAAGCCUUCGUCGCAAGAACCUUCAAAUAUGGAACAACCUUCCCGUCUUAAUUUGAUGGAAGUGGAAGUGCUGCCUCUGGUGACCUUAGCUCAAAAGUUGAACGCUCCUGCUCUGAAUGCAUCGCUUGUCGACGCGAAAGUUAAGGAAGCUGAGGCUGAAUCUCAUGGUUUGACUGAAGAUGCCGAUGCCGCACCUGUCACAGCGGAAGCUGUCGGCGAAUCCACGGUCGUUUCUGACGAGACGAUUGAUCAAGUUGAUGCUGCCGUCUUUGCUCCUGAGGUCAAAAGCGUGGUUGAUAUGGCUUCCGACGAAAACUCCCCCGACACGACGUACUUUGAAGCGAUUGCUCCAGUCGAAGUAGCCCAGGUGGUGGUUCCGGUGGAGGUGAAUGCCAUCAAGGAAACCGCAGAUGAGGCUGUUCCCGAGGCUAUUGUUGAAGUUGUUGAAUCCGUAUCGGAAGUCGAAACCAUUCUUGACGAAGUUGCUGAGAUGGAGCCGGCCACCGACGUGUCUGACGUCGCAGAAAAGGUAUCUGAAGCUGCACCUAUGUUGAACCUCCCCAAAUCCAGCUUUGAUGCGCUCGCGAUGGCCUUGCGAUCUUUGAUCGACCCGUCGCAAAAGGAGCCAGCUGCGGCAGUUCAAGCGCCCAAGGCCUCAUUGACCAAGGCCCCAUUAAGGUCUUCUGGCCGCCACUUGUGGAAGCGUAACGUGAAGCCUGUUGACGUUGCUUUGCCAUUGGAAGUUGUUGCCUCUGCGUCGUUUGUGGGAACCGACGAGAUUGAGUUGUUGGAAAGUGUUGCUGCUGUCAGCCCUGAUGCCGACAAUGACAGCGUCGUUGGUGAUGAUGAAACCGUCUCAUUUGGUAAAGCUGCCUCCCCCGAGUUGCAAUUCCCAUUGAAGGUCACCUGGGCCGACAAGGUGUACGCAAACAUUUCCUCUGAAAUCGCAGCCGACACCAAAGCGCUGGCUGCUCUCGAGGUCAUUGUGCCCAAGCCAUCUCUGUUUUCCAAUCAACGCAAACUCGAUUUGCCUACUUGCGCGUGGAACACCAGCGUGGCUGCCGAGGUGUCGUGGAACCCAUUCUACAAUGCCAUGACCUUCGAUGUUGAUCCCUUUGUGACCGCCGACUCGGUGGAUGGCUUGAUUGCCGUCGAUGUGGACGAGGAUGCUGUUGUUGCCGAUGCUCCAUUGGUAGAUGCACUUGUUGCAACGACGGCGGACGCAUCGGAACAAGUCGCCGAGGAAGUCGUUGCUGUGGACUUUGCUCAACAAGACAACAACUCGAUCAUUGAAGAGAUUGAAGUGGAUCCUCUCGACAAGAUUAAGCCAGUUGAAGACUUUAUCGUGGACAAUGCUUCUGGGGCUAUCAUGGACACGGGGGUUCACGUCGCCCCUGCCGUCCCUGAACCCACUUCUGAAGUUCGAAGUGCGGUGGAUGUGCAACCUGCGGAGACCUUAGACGAAGGUGUCGCAGCCUUGAUCUCCGCAGACGAAUCUGAAGUGUUUGAGGCCGCUUCUCCUGAAGACCGUCAAAGUACCCCGGAGGCCUUCGUCGUUGCAUCUGUCGCUUCUGACGAACUCGCCUUUACUGUUGAAACCGAAGCGAAUGUUGAGAUAUCGGAUGCGGCUGUCGACGAAGUUGCUGCUCACGAAGCAGCACCUUCGACACUCGUUGGCGACGCGGAACUUUUCGUUGAAGAGGCGCCAGAAGUGAUGAGCGAAAUCGCUGAUGUGGCGACUGGAGGCGUUGUUGAAGCUACUGCAACCAUGGAGACCUCUAUUGACGAGGUUUUGGCCGACCACGUUGCUGGUGAAGAAGUUGUGGUUGAAGCUGCGGUCGUGGAAGAACCUGAAGUUGCAGUGGCUGCUGCGACUUCGGUUCUCGAACUUGUAUCCACCGAGGAGAUCAUUGUUGCCAAACCGACUGAAGCCAUCGUUGAAGCGGAGGCGGAGGAGGCAUCUGAGAUUUCUUUUGAACCUGAACUGCCGGUGGAGGAAGUUGUCAUCGAGCCGGCGGAUGCCAUCAUGGAAGCGGUGCCUGAAGGCCAAGGCGAGGGGCGAACAUUAGAAGCUCUCGGUAAAAUCGUGAUUUCGGCCGAAGCUCCUGUCGAGACUGAAGAAGCGUACGUUGAAGCUGUGGCUCAAGGCGUUGAAGGUGCUGGCGAAGAUGCCUUGGAAUUGGUCGCUGCUGAAUUAGCAGUGGUCCCCGAUGUCGAUGCUGAAGGUGUCGAGAAUACCUCAGCCGUCGAAGCGCUCUCGGAGCCCGCAGAAGCCGUGGCGACUGUGGUCGAACAGCCUGCUCCCAACUCUGAAGAUGUCGAGCCUGCCGACUUGUCUGCCACUCCAGACGCCGUUUCCUCGUUUUUAUCUGCGACGGACUCGCAAUAACCUGCCAAGUAAUUUAUUUUGUGUUUUUUUUGUCCCA